AUGGAUAUCUUGCAGGGAAGGGAGCGCAUUGUAUCUUACCCUGGCACGAGUCAGUUCAAUGGUCGCGGUAUAUCUGCAUGUGGCCUUGCAGCCAUGAAUUUUGCGAGAGACAUUAUCUCCAUCUGUUCGGAAUGGUCAAGCGACUUGCACUUGGAUGUGGAAGAAAUACAGCAAGUUCCCCUAUUCGAGAAGUCUUUGAAGCUUUUAACAACACGGUUUGGUCCCCCAAAGGCGAAGCAUUUUAGGCGUACCUUGGAAUAUAUGCAAUCUUUGAGCUCCUCUUCUACUGUCAUCAUCACUCGUCCUCCUGAGAUCAUCGCAUGCACGGUGAUUAAAGGAUCGGAGACAGACGUCUUUGCGAUUUUCGAUUCUCACCCACGACCAAGCUAUCCAGCUGGUGCUGGUCUUAUUCUCAAUACAUCGAUUGACCAAGCGGUUUCACGCCUGGCCAGCAUAUUACCUGCUACCGACAGCCAUCUUCUUUCCCUGAGUGGCCUUCAAUGGCAGGCUCAGCUACUUAAUAACGUAUCAGGCCAUAUCUUCGCAUCAAAUGGACCACCUGCAGACAUGCGGGGCAUGCAGCAUACUAUCGUUGAAUCUAGCCUAGCUGUUCUGAGAUUGCGAGCUGAAGUGGCUGGAUUGACACAGAAAAAUGAGAGGCUGGCUAAAGAAAACGAGACACUUGAAGGAGAGGUUCAACGCUUGGACGAUGCUUUGAGUAUCGAGAAGAAGAAAGUGGUAUCACUCCAGGAAGCUUCAAAGAUCAUGCAGAGCAGCAGUGAUCGGCACCUCACUUCAUGGCCCCUUUCUUCACGGUCCUCGAAUGGAAUAGCUGGAUCAUCGUGGCCUGCUCUCGACUUCUCACACUCGUCUUCGUCAUCCGAUAAAAUUAUGGACAACGUUCGCGAUCGUGAUGCAGACGCAUGGUCCUCGCUUUAUGAUACAGCCAAGGAAGACCAAGGAGAUGACUGGGGACUCGACAGCCUGAAUUCAGCUGUGGCCCUCGAGUUGCAGAAAACUUUCGACGUUGAGGAUUCGCAACUUCGAGACCAGAUGCAAGCUUUGGCUGUCUCAGUUCCAGACAACUUUUCAUGCUUAAUAUGCAUGGAAGAACAAUCUGCGGACGACAGUGUGGAUCUUGAAUGCAAGCACUCGAUAUGCAGAACUUGUAUCCGAGGGCAUGUUUGCUCCAAGAUCGAAGAACAUCGUUUUCCAGUCCUGUGCCCCGUUUGCAUGACGGAGAAUGAUCGUCAACCUAAAGCGAUCUCGGGACUACUCGUGCAGCAAAUUGGUAUCGAUGAACGGCAAUAUGCGAUUUGGGAAGAAAUGGAACUUAGCCAGUUUUCAGUUCUCCUCCACUGCCGCAAAUGUCAGCGAUCAGUGCCUGUAGUCAGACAGGAGCAUGAUGAAUCUCGCAUGCUCGUUUGUCCCCUACCCGAUUGUCGCCAUAUUUGGUGCAAAGCGUGCCAACAAUCUAUUAUAAUCGGCGGUCCUCCCCAUUCUUACCAUUUGAUGAAGCAGCGCGGGUGGAAGUACUGCCCAAACUGCAAAACGCCAGUCCAGAGGGACGGGGGAUGCAGCCACAUGACUUGCAUCUCUCCGGCUUGUAACACUCAUUUUUGCUACAUUUGUGGGAAAAGUAUUGUUCGCAGCGCCUUACGAAGUGAAAUUCAGACCGCGGUCGGUGCUCACUAUCGUGUUUGCAAACUAUUUGAUUAUCCAGUGGAGUAA